AUGCAAAUAGGGAAGGAGGAAUACAUGAAGUGGCCGGACAAGCUAAAGAGGAACCCUAAAAGAGGUAAACCCAAGAAGUACUGCAAGUACCACCGCAGCACCGGCCAUGAUACCGAUGACUGCUAUGAACUCAAGAAUGAGAUCAAGUCCCUCAUCCACUACGGGCACCUGAAGGAGUACAUUGGGGAUGACGCCAAUGCCUCGUCCUCACAACAACAACAAUAUGCCAGGCCUGAAGCCCAUUACACCCUAGAUGGAGUUAUUGAUGUCACCAUUGGGGGCUCGACCUCGGGUGAAGCAUCACCCUCGGCCCGGAAGGCAUACACCAAGCAAUACAACAUACAAAGCCCAACGCUUAAAAGGCCGAGACCAAAGGACAUCAUCUCCAUCUCCAACGACGAUCUGCAAGGGUUCUUAUUGCCCCAUGACGAUGCAUUGGUGAUGUCUAUGAUCAUCACCAACUACAUGGUGAAAAGAAUCCUCAUAGACAGCAGCUCCUCAGCCGACAUCCUGUUCCAUGAUACAUUUGAGAAGAUGCAGUUGACGCAAGAUCAAUUGUAA